AUGUCCGGAAACACUGCAUUAACAGCAGUAGCUCUUCAAGACCACCUGGUGAAGUCUCUGGGACUUAAUGAUCUCAUUGGUCCAAGACAUAUUGGAGUUGGUCCUGCAGCAAAAGCAAAACAAAAAAAUAAACCUCCAGUAAAAAAGAAAGAAGAGAAAGAAAGGGAAUAUGUUUAAGAUCCAAAUCCACCUCCUCUUACACUUGCUCAGAAGUUUGGUUUAGUAGAUGCCCCUGAACAACCUCUCACUGAGACAGACUGGAAGAAAGUUAAAGAAAAAUCUAACAGGAGAGAUGAUUCUAAAAUGCCAUGGGUUAUAUGUAAGGAGGACUUCUGCACACAAGAACAGGUGCUUCUGUCCUGUACUCAUGUCUUUCACAGGACCUGUUUGCAAGCUUUUGAGAGGUUCACUGGAAAGAAGACGUGUCCGAUGUGUCGUAGAGAACAGUAUCAAACAAGAGUUAUACAUGAAGGAUCAAGAUAUCACAGAAAUAAAUGUGCUACAAAAGAACUUAUACAUGGUUUUUGGAGGGGUUAUGUGGUUCGAUGUAUGUACCUUAAAUUGAGGGAAUUUAAUCCACCAAAAGAUCCCAAAUUGAGGCAGAAAUUCUAUGAAGAGAAGCUUCACAAGAUCACAGACAGAAUGGUGAGGUCCUGUGACUUUGAUGUUCACAGUUUCCUGAGAGAAAUGGAUCAGAGUUUAGAAGCUAGUCGUAAUGUUUUCAGAGAUUUUGAUGCAAGAUUCCAGCAGAUUUCUGAGGAGGACUGGGACUGGGAAGCUAUUCAACUUAAG